GUUCUCACACGUUCUUUAGCCCCACUAAUAAAUUUCUAAUUUUAUGCAAACUGACUGAAUUGCCCACAGAAAGGAGCAGCCCCACUUUUUACUCCCCCACGACCCCCAUUGAUCCCGCUCUCCACACUCGCUUGCGUUAGCGCGUGGUGAACACUUACUCUGUCACUAGUGUAACUUCCAGACCGCGCACACAAACCCACGAUGGCUGAAAGUAAAACCAGUCAAACAAGAAACGCAAAGGUCUCAUUUUUAAAAUCUAAUCCCUAUUUUUCAGUAAUAUAGAUACAAACAGCAUAUAGAUACACGCAGCCAUACAUACAUACAAAAUUAUAUGUAUAUUUCUUGUGCGGGUGAAGAAGACGUACUUUAAGUGCAGUUACACAAUUUGCAUCUCUAGAAAUUAAUUAAUAAUUGCAGUUAAUUUGACUGUUCGAGAGAGGGCUCCAUGCCAUGAAUCUGAGGCAGCGCCCGAUUCCGACGGGCGGCCGUGGUCCUCACGCGCCGCCUGUGCCACCACCGCGCCCGCUGUUGUCCGAGCCGUUCAACAUCAUCCCCAUCCAUAACCUACUCGCGGACCACCCUUCCCUCCGUUACCCGGAGGUACGCGCCGCAGCCGCCGCCCUACGCGCCGCCGGGGACCUCCGUAAGCCCCCUUUCAACCAAUGGCACGAGAGCAUGGACCUCCUCGACUGGCUAGGUCUUUUCUUCGGUUUCCAAAAGGACAACGUUCAGAACCAGAGAGAGAAUUUGGUGCUCCACCUAGCCAACUCGCAAAUGCGCCUGCAGCCGCCCCCCGCCGCCGCCGACCGCCUCGACCACGGCGUCCUCCACCGCUUCCGCCAGAAGCUCCUGAAGAACUACACUUCGUGGUGCUCCUACUUAGGGAAGAGGUCUCAGGUUCGUCUCCCCAAUCGACACAACCCCGAUAUCGAACGCCGUGAGCUCUUGUAUGUAUGUCUUUAUCUACUUAUAUGGGGUGAAGCCGCAAACUUGCGUUUCACCCCGGAAUGCUUGUGCUAUAUUUAUCAUCACAUGGCAUUGGAACUUAAUUACAUUCUUGAUGAUCACAUUGAUGAGAAUACCGGACAGCUUUUCGUCCCCUCAACUUGUAGACAAUUUGGUUUCUUGAAUGAAGUUAUUACACCAAUUUACACUACGAUUAAGGGGGAAGUUGCGAGGAGUAGAAACGGGACUGCACCACAUUCAGCUUGGAGAAACUAUGAUGAUAUUAACGAGUACUUUUGGAGUAGGAGAUGCUUUAAGAAGGUGAAAUGGCCUUUAGAUUUGUCGAGCAACUUUUUCUCGGCUGAUAGGGAAAAGAGGGUGGGGAAAACUGGAUUUGUAGAGCAGCGCACUUUCUGGAAUAUAUUUCGUAGUUUCGAUAGGUUGUGGGUUUUGUUGAUACUUUAUUUUCAGGCGGCUGCUAUUGUUUCUUGGGCGGGGAGGGAUUAUCCAUGGCAGGCAUUGCAGAGUAGGGAUGUGCAGGUGGAGCUGCUCACACUUUUCAUUACAUGGUCUGGUUUAAGAUUUAUACAAUCGAUUCUUGAUGCCGGUACUCAAUAUAGCUUGGUCACAAGGGAAACAAAGUUGCUUGGUUUCCGAAUGGUUUUGAAAAGUAUGGUUGCUCUUACUUGGGGUGUUGUGUUCGGAGUGUUCUACGCUAGGAUUUGGAGCCAGAAGAAUUCAGACAGGUCAUGGUCAUUCGAGGCAAACCAAAGAAUUCUUGUAUUUCUCAAGGCUGCCUUAGUUUUCAUUGUUCCGGAAUUACUUGCUUUGGUCCUGUUCAUUGUUCCAUGGGUUCGCAAUUUCAUUGAGGAUUCAGAUUGGCAAAUUUUCAAUGUCUUCACAUGGUGGUUUUACUCCCGAACAUUUGUGGGCCGUGGGGUUAGAGAAGGGCUCGUUGAUAACAUAAAGUACACUCUGUUCUGGAUUGCAGUGUUGGCUUCGAAAUUCACUUUUAGUUACUUUCUUCAAAUCAGACCCCUAGUUGGACCGACAAGAUCUCUCUUGAAUCUCAGAGGGGUGACGUACCGCUGGCACGAAUUCUUCACUAGUAACAACAGAGUGGCAGUUGUGAUGCUGUGGGCCCCUGUUGUCUUGAUAUAUUUAGUCGAUUUGCAAAUCUGGUACACGAUAUUCUCCUCUUUCUCCGGUUCGUUGACUGGGCUAUUCUCUCAUAUAGGCGAAAUUCGAAACAUCAACCAGCUGAGGCUCAGGUUCCAGUUCUUUGCCAGUGCACUGCAGUUUAACCUAAUGCCAGAGGAUCACACUCUUAAUUCCGAGGCAACAGUUGUGCACAGAAUUCGUGAUGCAAUGCACCGUAUUAAGCUUCGGUAUGGCCUCGGCCAGCCCUACAAGAAGAUCGAAUCGAGCCAGGUUGAAGCAACUAGAUUCGCUCUGAUAUGGAACGAAAUAAUCAUCACUUUAAGAGAAGAAGACCUAAUCAGCGACCAAGAACUUGAGCUACUGGAGCUGCCGCCAAACUGUUGGGAUAUCAAAGUGGUGCGCUGGCCUUGUGCUCUCUUGUGCAAUGAGCUACUGAUUGCUCUGAGCCAAGCUAGAGAACUUGUCGAUACUUCAGAUAGGUGGGUGUGGUCUCGUAUAUGCAAGGUUGAGUAUCGAAGGUGUGCUGUCACCGAAGCUUACGAUAGUAUCAAGUACUUGCUUCUUCAGAUUAUCAAAUACGGCACAGAAGAAUAUUCCAUAGCUACAAAAUUUUUCCUGGAGGUUGAUGAUUACCUCCGGUUUGAAAAGUUUACAGGGGCGUAUAAGACGACAGUUCUGCCCAAAAUACAUGAGCAUUUAAUAUCUCUCAUCGAGCUUCUCCUUUUGCCAGAGAAGAAGAAUAUUGAGAGAGUGGUGAAUGUAAUGCAGGCAUUGUACGAGCUUGCGAUUCGGGAACUUCCGAGGGUGAAGAAGUCUGUGGCUCAGUUGAGGCAGGAAGGUUUGGCGCCUCUCAAUCCGAAUACCGCUGAUGGGCUGCUGUUUGAAAAUGCUAUCCAAUUGCCUGAUGCUGACGAUGCUUUCUUCUUUAGGCAAUUACGUCGUUUGCGAACGAUUCUUAAUUCUCGAGAUUCGAUGCACAAUGUCCCGAAGAAUCUCGAGGCGAGAAGAAGGGUUGCUUUCUUUAGUAACUCGCUCUUUAUGAACAUGCCUCGUGCGCCACAGGUAGAGAAGAUGAUGGCGUUCAGUGUGUUGACUCCUUACUACGAUGAAGAAGUCCUGUUCGGAAAAGAGAUGCUUCGAAGCCCGAAUGAAGACGGUGUUUCCACCUUGUUUUAUCUUCAGAAGAUUUACGCAGACGAGUGGGAGAAUUUUAUGGAGCGUAUGCGAAGGGAAGGCAUGCAGGACGACAGUCAUAUAUGGACUACGAAAACGAGGGAACUCAGGCUAUGGGCUUCUUACAGGGGGCAAACACUGUCUCGUACUGUCAGAGGGAUGAUGUAUUAUUACAGAGCCCUUAAAAUGCUUUCGUUUCUUGAUGCUGCUUCAGAGAUGGAUAUAAGACAAGGGUCGCAAGAUAUUUUUUCGCUCGGUUCGCUGAAAAUGAACAGCGGGGUGAAUAUCGGUGGUGCAACGAAUACUCGAAGUCUAAACAGGGCAGGGAGCAGUGUGAGUAUGCUUUAUAAAGGGCAUGAAUUCGGUGUUGCUCUAAUGAAAUACACUUAUGUAGUUGCAUGCCAACUGUACGGUGUUCAUAAGGGGAAAGGCGAUCACCGAGCUGACGAGGUGUUAUAUUUGAUGAAAAAUAACGAGGCCCUUCGAGUGGCUUAUGUGGACGAGGUCCACUUGGGAAGAGAAGAGGUUGAGUACUACUCUGUCUUGGUGAAGUACGAUCAACAGCUAAAGAAAGAAGUGGAGAUCUACCGAAUUAAGCUUCCCGGUCCUUUGAAACUAGGGGAAGGCAAACCCGAGAAUCAGAACCAUGCGAUAAUAUUCACACGUGGCGAUGCUUUACAGACCAUCGACAUGAACCAAGACAACUACUUCGAGGAGGCACUCAAGAUGCGUAAUUUAUUGGAGGAAUUUAAGGUAACUUAUGGCAUAAGGAAGCCCACAAUUCUAGGAGUUCGCGAAAACAUAUUUACUGGUUCUGUUUCUUCGCUCGCUUGGUUUAUGUCUGCUCAAGAGAUGAGUUUCGUCACACUUGGGCAACGUGUUUUAGCUAAUCCUCUCAAGGUGAGAAUGCACUAUGGUCACCCUGAUGUGUUUGACAGGUUCUGGUUCUUGACUAGGGGUGGUAUAAGCAAGGCUUCGAGGGUGAUUAACAUAAGCGAAGAUAUAUACGCGGGGUUCAAUUGCACGUUGAGAGGCGGAAAUGUGACGCAUCACGAGUACAUACAAGUGGGUAAAGGAAGGGAUGUCGGGUUGAAUCAGAUCUCCAUGUUUGAGGCUAAAGUUGCGAGUGGCAACGGUGAGCAGGUUUUGAGCAGAGAUAUAUACAGAUUGGGUCACAGGCUCGAUUUCUUCCGUAUGCUGUCUGUCUUCUACACAACUGUAGGGUUCUUCUUCAACAACAUGAUGGUGGUGGUCAUGGUGUACACGUUCCUAUGGGGGCGGCUCUACCUCGCCUUGAGUGGAGUUGAAGAGUAUGUUAAAAAGGCCAACAACAAUAAAGCCCUCGGUGCUAUUCUGAAUCAGCAGUUUGUUAUCCAGAUUGGUAUUUUCACUGCUAUGCCAAUGAUUGUAGAGAACUCUCUAGAACGUGGCUUCUUACCGGCUAUCUGGGAUUUUAUGACAAUGCAAUUGCAGUUUUCUUCAUUUUUCUACACUUUCUCUAUGGGUACCCGUGCACAUUUCUUCGGCCGGACAAUUCUGCACGGUGGGGCAAAGUACCGUGCUACAGGACGGGGUUUUGUGGUGCAGCACAAGAGCUUUGCAGAAAACUACAGGCUGUACGCACGCAGCCAUUUCGUGAAGGGUAUCGAACUUGGAGUCAUUCUUCUCGUUUAUGCUUCAAGUAGUGCAUUGGCUGCAAACACGUUUGUGUACAUUGUUAUGACGAUAUCAAGUUGGUUUCUUGUUCUGUCGUGGAUAAUGGCACCCUUUGUCUUCAACCCCUCUGGCUUCGACUGGCUAAAAACGGUGUAUGAUUUUGACGAUUUCUUGAGCUGGAUAAAGUACAGAGGUAUUCUGGUCAAAUCGGAUCAGAGCUGGGAGACGUGGUGGUACGAGGAGCAGGAUCACUUCAGAACAACUGGUCUGUGGGGGAAACUGCUGGAGAUUAUCUUGGAUCUUCGGUUCUUCUUUUUCCAGUAUGGAAUUGUCUACCAUUUGAAUAUUGCGGGUGGGAACAAAAGUAUUGCGGUUUACUUGCUGUCUUGGAUAUAUCUAAUAGUAGCUGUGGGUAUAUAUAUUGUCAUUGCGUAUGCUCGGGAUAAAUAUGCUGCGAGGGAACAUAUUUAUUACAGGCUGGUUCAGUUUCUUGUGAUCUUGCUGACAGUGCUUGUGGUGGUUUUGCUUCUGCACUUUACGAAUGUGACUGCGGUUGAUUUCAUAAAGAGUUUGUUGGCGUUUAUUCCAACGGGUUGGGGGAUUAUACUUAUAGCUCAGGUGCUGAGGCCUUUUAUGCAGACGAGUGUCGUUUGGGAGACUGUUGUGGCGUUGGCUCGUUUGUAUGAUAUGCUGUUUGGUUUAAUUGUUAUGGUCCCUUUGGCUUUUUUGUCGUGGAUGCCUGGAUUUCAGCAGAUGCAGACUAGGAUAUUGUUUAAUGAAGCUUUUAGUAGGGGGCUUCAGAUUUCGCGGAUUUUGACCGGCAAGAAUUCUUACCAGGACACCUGAUUUUUUGAUUGAGGUUUCCAAUUCAAUGACAAACAUCAUCAUCAUGAGUGCAUCCUAGGUCUACCGAACUGCUGUCAAAGCUAAUUGGUGACUGGUUCUCUCCUAUGGAAUGACGACGAUUGAUUGAUGGUAUCAACUAAUGGAAUGAAGAAUAAAUAGUGUGUAAGGUAGCAGUAGGAAAAGCAGGACUGGUUGGAAGAACAUUGUUGCUAUAUCAUUUUUGGGACUGUACAUACUAGUAGUUACUUCUUUUUUGUUCAUCUCUUAAUUUAUCAGAAUUCUGAAUUUCUGUUUUUUCUACCAUUCACUUAUAAGCUAUAUAUAAGUGCUUUAAUGCAGUGCUGUUGUUUUCUCUACCAUUU